AUGAACAUGCAAGCCAUUUUAGAAGAAAGUAAUAAAGAUAGCUUUUUGGCUUCUUUUGAUCAUGAAUAUGUGGUUUCUUCCAGUUAUCAAUCAACUAAUAUUAUUAAAUAUAGUGGAUCUCAGUCUACUAGCAAAGUUUGGAAUUAUUUUGAUAAAGAUGAUACUUCCGGAUAUG